AUGUCUAGAAUACCACAAUCAAGGAAUUUAGGCUUACAUUUACAUCAUAGUUCCAUACCAUUAAUUAAUCUACAUCAUCAACAACCAAAACAAAUCAUCCCAUUCCCCUCACAAAUUAAUCCACUUCAAAAACCAUGCAAACCAAAUAACACUCUUAAAGUAAUCGUACAAAGAUCACCACGUCCGACAACUUAUUUAAAUUUCAAAAAAUCAUCACCAAUCAAAAAUGUCAAUGAUAUAUCACCAAAAGAUAAACUAGAAUUACAACGUAAAAUCAAUAUAUCAAACCUAAUAGAAACUCUUAAAUCACAAAUCCCUCAUAUUUUAGAACAUAACUUAUCAAAAGAUAUAAUAUCAAAUCAAAUCUUUUUACGUAUUUGUCCAUCCCAAUUUGAUGAAAAUUAUUUACCAAAAUUACAAGGUCAUUUAACUUAUUAUAGUACAUGUAAAGCAAUAACUUUAUUUAUAACAUCAAUAAUAUUAUCACCAAAAGUUAAAAUUCAUAUAUCAAAUAUAAAAGUCAGCACCUCUCAAAAUCCAAAUUGUAUGUUUAAAAAUUCAACUAAAAUAUAUAUUAGAUGGAAUACUUGUUUACCUAAUUGUUCAGAACAUUUAGGAUUAAAUCAAUCUACUAUUCAGGCUAAUUUAGGAUCAAGAAGUUGGUCAAAUGAGGAUACUAAAAAUUUAUUUGUUAAUAAUCAUAAUUUAAAUUCUAAUCUGAAUAAUUUAAAUAUAACUAAAUUAAUAGGUAAGAUUACUAAAACUUUAUUAACUGGAUUGAAAAAAGAUACAACUACUACGGAAACUACCAAUGGAAAAGAAUUAGAAAGAGUGAUUUAUGGAUUAUUUAUAUUUGAAUUAAAUGAAGAAUGUGAUAAGAUUUUAGUUCACACGAUUGAAAAUAUGGAUAUAGUUGAAAAAUUUGAAUUUGAAGAAGAAACUGGACCAGUUAAUGGAUUAAGAGUUUGUUAA